AUGAUCGGAGAGAUGCAUUCCAUUGUGAAGGAGGUAGAAACCGCGCUCUACUGCUCUCCGCACAACCGUGUGGCGCGGAUCGAGUCGAAAAUCCUUCGUCGUUUUGGUUGCGUAGCUACUCAGACGCCCUUUUCAAUGUGAUCGCGCUUUACCGCUCACCACGUGACCACGGCCACGUUGCGGUAGAGCGCGGUUGCCUUCUCGUUUCAGCUCAACAAUUGGGAGAAGCGAUGUGCAAUCUCGACGACGGUCGGCUCUUCCGUGGGCGUCGCUUCUGGAUUCGCCGUGAUCGGCGGGCUCGUUCUCCUUCAGCCCGUCGCCAUCGUCGGAUUGAUUGUCGGAGCAGUCGCUGGACUCGCAAAUGCGGGAACGGGACUCGUCAAGAUGGUGGUAUUCAAGAAGAAGAUCACGACUGUGAAGAAAAUGUUGGUGACAGAUGGGAUUCUGUUCGAGAAUCUGCGCAAUUCGAGUGAAGAACUCUUGAACGCGAUCGAGCAGGCGAACAGGAGCUUCCGAAGCGAAACGGAAGACACGGACGUUCUGAACACUACUGUCGGAGCUUACGGCAUCGGCCUCCGAUGCAUGGCUUCUUUUUUGGCCCGUCUCUCUUGCGUGAAAGGAGCCAUGCACAGCUUGGCAGGCAUCGGAAUCAUCCUCGACAGUUUGGUGUUGACAGUCAACGCAAAAGUAAGAGAUUAAAAGAGGUCAUACAAUCAUUUUCGUUCUCAGACCCUCAGCGAAGGUGCGAUCUCGAAGAUUGGAGCGCAGAUUCUAGAUGCUUCCACGAAACUGGAAGAGAUGCGCGAGCAGGUGGUCAGAAACUGUUCGAACCAGAAUGAUCGGGAGGAAGAGGAAUGUUCGAGUAACAAUUGA